AUGGCGCGGCCGCGCCCGACCCCGAGGCAGCCGCCGUUCCCGCCGCCGCCGGCCACGGCGAGCCGUCCGCCCGCUCCACCGACGCCGGCGUCCGUGACGGACUCCCGCUACAACGCCCGCGGCGACGAGCGAAUGCGCGGCGGGUGGAGCGGCCGGCCGACCAGGAUGCCCGAUAAUGACCACAACAUCAAUCGGGCAGCAUUCGAGACCAUCAUCGCUGCCGCGAAGCGCGGCGAGGCCGACGUUUACUUGCGGGAGGCCGCCAUCUCGGCCGCGAACCACCUCGCGAUCAUGGCCAUCGCCCUGCGCGCGGCUGAGCUCAGCCAGCAGUUCGCCGUGCGCAUCCCGCAGAUCACCGCGCGCAUCCCGCGCGUCGCAGCGCGCGCCCCGCUCGUCGAGCGCCGCCUGCAGCUCGCGGCGGCGCCGAGCUGGCGCGAACUCCGCCCGCGGGCCAAGCUGGCUGAGGCCGAGGAGGCGCGGGAUCGCAGGGGGCAGGCGCAGUUGCGCAGAGAGGCGCUGCUGCAGGAGCGGCACCGACAGGCCGCGGAGGCCAUGCGCCGCGCGAGGUUGGCGAGCUCUUUGGUCGAUGCGCGGGCGGAGGGCGACGCGCCGCCAGCGCUUUGCCUCGCGUGUGGCGAUGCGCUGACUCCGCAGGGCGUGCUCGUGAGCCUCUCGGAGAAGGGGAAUCCUGCCGCGCCGCCGACGCCGGGCGGCGACGCCGCCUGGCGGGCGUUCGGCACCACCCGGUUCGACGACAAGGCAGAGCCCGUCGGCGACGCCAAGAAGUUCAGGAUAAAGGCGUCGUGGGAGCGGGACGUCCGGGUUCCCGGGUCGCGGCCGCUCGACAACUUCAUGGGCGAGGGGGCGCGGGUCCACGAGCUCUCGAGCGCGGGCCAGCGGCGGCAGAUGAACGUCUCCGAGAACUUCCCGAACGACAAGGGCUGCGUCAUAUCCCCAGACAGUUCGGGGGUCUGCUCCUUUGCUCUCGGCUCCCGCGCGGGGCCCGCGAGGGGGCUUCAAGCGCUGGCGAAGCGCAGGCCCACCGUAUGA